CAAACGGUGUACCACGCACCCUUUCACAUGGAGAAUACGACCAAAGGAGGAGCAACUACCCCGGAAACCUCGAUCACGUUUGCAAAAUAGACUUCGAUUCUUUCACCCCACUGUUCGUUGGGCGGUGCUGGUUGACUUUUGGCACAUGCAUCGGCGGAAAAGCACGCUUCCCUGAGCUUGGUAGGGGGAUUAUAAAUACCUCUCUCUUCCCUCCAUUACCUUCAACCGCGAGCACUCAGCUGCUAUAUUACGAGCAUCCGUCAUUCCUAUUUAUCAACCAUGGACCUUCGCAACAUCAUGUACGCUGCUCCGGGUGCGACUCCUCAGACCACACGUCCUGACAAUGCGGUUUUCUCUCACAGGUGUAACGAGCCCGCUUCUCACAUUGUCCCAACGAAAUACAACGCGAAUACAAACAAACCGCGUUAUACUCAGAUUUCCCGUCUUCCGCCUCUCAAAUGUGACUCUAUCCAGCGUCCAGUCGUGGUACCGGUGGACCAGGGCAAGAACCUCUUCUCGCCACAAAGUCCACAAUACCACGGUCAAUUGAUGUCACCCGCACCCUCUCACGGAUCCUCAAUUUCGACGUCAGUGGUAGACACCACCGAGACCCAAAUCAUCCAACACCGCAGGAGUUCCACCUCCUCCGAAGCUUCCUCCUCCACCGCCUCCUCUUCUGGCCGCUACACCCCCUACCCAACACAAACUUCCCGUCCCUCGAGUCCCUCAAUGACGGUGGCGAUGCAGAGAUCCAUCUCAGAGGCAAGUGUAAUGCCGGGUGGGAAGGUUAAGAGGCCGGUGAGUCUCAAGAGGCAGAUGCAGCAUUUGAGGAGUGAGCAGAAGCGUCGUGAGAAUUUGAAGAAUGGGUUUGACCAGUUAAAACAAGCCGUUCCAUGUACACGUGAAAGUCAAGACCCCAAGGCGACUAUCCUCAUGAAAGCAGUUGAUUAUAUCAGUGCCUUGGAAGCGGAGUUGUUGAAGGCGCAAGGAAGAGUAUCGCAACUCGAGCAUCAAACAGGGGGCAGUUGGUACACUUGAGUGCAAUGGAGAUUAUUUAUCAACGAGAUUGAUUAUGUAAGGUGUUGGGUUGC